AUGUUAUAUAUGAGGCAUUACAAUAUGGGUCUUCGGCAGUGGAUUGUCCUAUGGCCAGAGCAAGGGAUGAAGAUAAGUCGUGAAGUUAAAAGCUACCAUUUUCUCGCAUCCUCUGUUUCAGAGCAAUUCCAACCUCAUAUCAAGUUCAAAGUCAGAAAUAUUGAUUAUUAUGGAGAGGAAGAUGAUGACCAAGAGAUCAAAGAUAGAAUACCGUGGUCAAUUGAUAUGUUAGUUCUCGCCGAAAAGGAUUACCAGAUCAUCAAACUCGAUAGGGAUAUUCAACUUUUCUAUAAGAUGUCUCCGGAUAACGAGAAUGAGCAAGAGCAGUUUGACUCUGACCCCGAUGGAGUUCCUGGUAGCAAUAUAGAACGGUUCAGUUUAAACGAAGUUCUGGCCAGGAAUCUGAACCAAUCUGUGAUUUCUUCCUUUACACUUUCGCCUGAAACCCCCUCCGCUGAGCAUCCCCUUGAAUCCCCAGGAAACUACGUCAUGAUUGCACACUUUCAUAAUCCUAAAGAGAAUGCAUUUGCAAUAGUUGAUGUCCAUUUCGAGUAUCCUUCGUCCUAG